UUCAAACUGAAAUUCCACCACAUCAGGGAAGGAAGCUGGGAAAGUGGAAAGAACUCCCUCCUAGUGACUCUGGGCAGCCCAGGUGUGCCGGGGACGCACCUGCAGGUCCCCGAAGUCCUCUGCAGGACAAAGUGCUCCCGGGAGGCCUAGGGCCCCACCUUCCCUCUUCUGGCUUUUUUUGCUGGGUGACUCUUGGCGAGGAAGCAGCCAUCUCAAGCUGCACUCUGAGGUGCCUUCCUGCCCAGUGCCAGCGCCUGGGUUGCAGGUCUGAGUGGAUUUGGCAGCAGCUCCCAGUCAUUACCAGAUAGCGGCCUCUAAGUCAGGGAGGGUGGGGUUUCUGGUCUCCCUGUUCUCUGGGUGUCUGUGACCCCACGCAGGGCUCCAGCCCCAGGGACCCACUCAGGAGCCUGACCAAGAAGGUACCCACUAAGGAGAGGAGACACACAGAGGCCUCCCAGACCCCACCCACCCUGCAGGGAGCCACAGCCCAGGUGGAUGGAGGCCUCUGGGGGCCAGCCACAGCCUCAGGGACUCCAGGAAGGGACAGAGCUGGGGCUACCAGGAGCCCGGCACUGAGCGUGCACACAGCGUGGACCCCCGGGAUGCCUGGAUGCUGUUUAUCAGGCAGAGUGACAAGGGCAUCAACAGCAAGAGGAGCAGAGGCAAGGCCCGGGGGCCAAAGCUUGGCCUGCCAGGGCCACCUGGCCCCCCUGGCCCCCAGGGGCCACCAGGUCCCCUCAUCCUGCCAGAGGCACUGCUGAAGGAGUUCCAGCUGCUGCUCAAAGGCGCUGUGCAGCAGCGCGAGCACGUGGAGAGUGAGCUGUGCACGCGGGGCCCCGCUGAGUUAGCAGUCACCCAAGGGGAGGACGACGACGUGGACGCGGAGGCGGAGCUGGCACUGCCUGCUGCACUCCCAGCCCCGCGCGUGGAGGCCGCUUUCCACUGCCGCCUGCGCCGGGACGCAGAGGUGGAGCGGCGCACGCUGCAUGAGCUCAGCGUCUACUACCUGGUGAGUGGCGCUGUCCAAGCGGGGUCAGCCGAGAUCCAGGCGGGACCCCAGGUGACCGACCAUCCAUGCACCCCACAGCCCGACACAGAGGGCGCCUUCCGCCGCGGCCCGGGCCUGAACCUGACCAGCGGCCAGUACACAGCACCCGUGGCCGGCUUCUACACGCUGGCUGCCACGCUGCACGUGGCGCUGGCGGAGCAGCCACGACGGGUUUCACCACGCCCUCGGGACCGCCUGCGCCUGCUCAUCUGCAUCCAGUCCCGCUGCCAGCGCAACGCCUCCCUAGAGGCCAUCAUGGGCCUGGAGGGCAGCGUUGAGCUCUUCACCAUCUCCGUAAAUGGCGUGCUGUACCUGCAGGUGGGCCAGUACACCUCUGUCUUCCUGGACAACGCCAGCGGCUCAGCCCUCACUGUGCGUGGCGGCUCCCACUUCAGUGCCGUCCUCCUGGGCGUGUGAGUGUUCCUCUGCCUCCGAAUGGCACCCACACAGGGUGGGGGUCAAAGUGGCCAUGUGCAGGAGAAAGCCCACGCAGGACUCUGGCCACCGCAGAUGAUACACAAGUUGGUGUCCUGGGAGGCAGCAGCUUCCUGACCUGUCUUGCAAAGGGGAAGGCCGCUGUCACCCUGGAAAUUGCAUAUGCACAACACCUGCCAGGAUCCUGCUGCAGACCAUGGCCCCUCAGGCCUCUCCCAUCCCAUACUCUCUGCACCAAGGGGUCCAAGCAGGGCCCAUGCAGAGCCGAGGGGCCGUCAAGGGGAGGAGCCCUGGGCUGCUGCCCCCCCUGUCCCAGCUGGUCCCACACACCCCUUGCCUGCAAGGCCCUGGUUGGCCUGCUGUAAGCGCUGACCCCCAAGACUUGCUGGGGACCCUUAGCACAACAGCUGAGGGCCCACAGGACGAUGAAGAGGACCUCUAGGGGUCUGAGGGUUGUAACCAUCUCCCUCAGAGGCUGUUUGAAGUUCUGCCCACUGCUGGGCCUCGGGGAGAUACAGCACACCUUGAGGGUACACCCCAGCCACAUGCAGACCACCAGUCAGGCAGCAAGGCCAGGACUGGCCCUGUAGUUCUGGGAUGCUCAUACUGUGGGCUCGUGGGGGGGGGGGGGGCAUGAGCCCCUGCAGACUUACACUCCCAGUUUCCCAAGGGCCAGUAACAAGGCCUCAAGCAGGUAGUGACAGGGAUGGGAACCAUGAGUGGCUUCCAGGGCACCAGUCCAAUCUGGCUGGGAUGAGCAGGCCUGGGGAGAUGGGCAGCAGUCAGCCAGUCAUGGAACCUUCCAGGCAGCCUCAGGACGAGGUGACCACAGCCAGGCUGAAGGGCCCUGGCUCCUUGGCCCACACUCCAGAACCAAACAUGCCAUGUCAGGUGGCCUGGUGACACUGCAGACUAAGUUCUGCUCAUGGCCUACCCAGCCCGAUUCUCAGUAGCACUGGAACACACCCUACCAGGAAGCGCCCAGCGGCCACACAGAUAAGGGUGGCACGGGUGUGCCCUUUUCUGGAUUCACUGUGAACCUGGUGGGCAGAUGUGGCAGUUAUCUUCCCCCUGAGAAAGCCAUGUGGGCACCUAUCUCACUCUCCACGUAAGCGUGGCACCCAGCAGCCUGUCAGGUGUUUGCUACAGGGUAUUGCUGGGCGGGCACAUGUAUGGGACCAACUUGGACAUGUGUCACACAAUAUGCCAAGCUGUAAACCCAGGGCAGAACUGAAACUCACCUGGGCUGGCCAGGGAGGGAGUGGGGAGGGACUGUGGGGUCAGGCAUGUGAGUCCCAGCCCUGGGAUACAGAGGGCCAUCUGGUUUGCUGUAAGGAAACUACCAAAUACACUGCUUCCUAACUACAAA